AUGGGAGCGUACAGAGCGGACGAUGAUUACGAUUACUUGUUUAAGGUGGUAUUGAUCGGUGAUUCAGGCGUUGGCAAAUCGAACCUCUUGUCUCGUUUUACCAGAAAUGAAUUCAGUCUCGAAUCCAAAUCUACCAUUGGCGUCGAGUUUGCCACCCGCAGCAUUCGCGUUGAUGAUAAAAUCGUCAAGGCCCAGAUUUGGGACACGGCUGGCCAAGAAAGAUACCGUGCUAUCACAAGUGCAUACUAUCGAGGGGCAGUUGGAGCUUUACUAGUCUAUGAUGUAACCCGCCAUGUUACGUUCGAAAAUGUGGAGAGAUGGCUAAAGGAGCUUCGAGAUCACACAGAAGCCAACAAUGUGAUCAUGCUGGUAGGAAAUAAAGCAGACCUGCGCCACCUCCGAGCGGUUGCGACUGAAGAUGCAAAGGGUUUUGCCGAAAGAGAGAGUACAUUUUUCAUGGAGACUUCCGCUCUUGAAUCAAUGAAUGUUGAAAACGCUUUCACAGAGGUGCUGACACAGAUCUGCCGUGUCGUAAGCAGGAAGGCUCUUGACGUUGGAGAUGACCCAACAUAUUUGCCUAAAGGACAGACAAUUAAUGUUGGAAGCAGAGAUGAUGUUUCGGCUGUGAAAAAGGCUGGAUGUUGCUCGUCUUGA